UUUGUGCUCACAUCUUUGGAAGGACAUUCGGAUACACUGAACUUCUUCGACAUUUUUCUUUUCUGCCAAUUUUAAACGGGAAGGAUAUCAUCUGUAAUACAUUUUUUGUGAUUAUUAGAAUCUUAUAUUUUGAGAAAGAGGAGUGAAAUUUUACAAAGAGAAUGGAAUCAACAAAAGAGAAACGAUCAUUGAAUUGAGGUAUAUGAAACAUAUGUUCACGAAAUCUGGCAAACAGUUUUUCAUGUGACGUAUGAUAUCAAGAUGACGGAGCAGAAUCCCGGCACUGUACAUGAUGACGAUGAUGACCAGACUUCUGGGAUUACAGAAAUUCCUGACAUAGUAGAACACAGAGUCAUUCACUUAAAUGCUGUUCAAAAACAAAAAUUUUGCAUCAACAGAAUAAGCACUGCCAAAUACAAUGUCUUCUCAUUUCUGCCAAAGUUUCUAUUUGAACAGUUCAGAAGAUACUCAAACAUAUUUUUCUUAUUUAUUGCACUUCUUCAACAAAUUCCAAAUGUCUCACCUACUGGUCGCUACACCACAGCUGUUCCUUUGAUUUUUAUUCUAAGUAUAUCAGCAAUUAAGGAAAUAGCUGAAGAUAUUAAAAGACAUUUUGCUGAUGAUUCAGUAAAUAAAGCUGAAGUCUUAGGUCUCAGAAAUGGCGUUUGGACAACAAUUAAGUGGACUGAUGUCGUUGUUGGAGAUAUCCUAAAAAUCACUAGUGGUCGUUUCUUUCCUGCAGAUCUUGUAUUACUAUCAUCUAGUGAACCUCAUGCAAUGUGCUACAUUGAAACUGCAAACUUAGAUGGCGAGACUAAUUUAAAAAUUAGACAAGGUCUUCCUCAAACUUCUAAUUGGUUAACACCAAAGGAUUUGGGGCGUUUACGUGGAACUUUGGAGUGUGAAGCUCCUAAUAGGCAUUUAUAUGAAUUUACUGGAAACCUAAGAAUAACUGGCAAACAAACACUUCCAUUGGGAGCUGACCAGUUGCUUUUGCGAGGAGCUAAAUUGAGAAAUACAAAUUGGGUCUUUGGAAUUGUUGUUUACACUGGACAUGAAACAAAACUUAUGAUGAAUUCAAAAACAGCUCCUCUUAAGCGAUCCACUGUGGACCGAAUAACCAAUAACCAGAUUUUGAUGUUGUUUCUACUUCUCAUCAUCCUGUGCCUUAUAAGUGCAAUAGCUAGUGAGUUAUGGAUGAAGGGUCAUGUUGCAACAGAUUGGUACCUUGGUAUUGAUGAUCUCUCCAGCUCAAAUUUUGGAUACACCUUUCUGACCUUUAUCAUCCUCUACAACAAUUUGAUACCUAUUAGUCUUCAAGUGACCUUGGAGUUAGUGCGAUAUGUUCAAGCCAUAUUUAUUAACAUGGAUAUCAAUAUGUAUGAUAAGGCUACUGAUACUCCAGCAAUGGCUCGUACAUCUAACUUAAAUGAAGAGCUGGGUCAAGUGAAAUACAUAUUCUCUGACAAAACAGGCACAUUGACAGAAAAUGUUAUGGUUUUCAAACAAUGUUCUAUUGCUGGUGUCAAAUAUGGCUCUCCUGAAAUGGAUUUUGAUGGUACAGAUUUGCUAAAUAAUUACGUAAAUAACCAUCCCACUGCUGCAUAUAUAAAAGAAUUUUUGACCUUGAUGGCAGUUUGCCACACUGUAGUUCCAGAAAAAGAAGAAGAGACCGGAGAUCUCCUGUAUCAAGCUGCUUCUCCAGAUGAAGGAGCUCUAGUAAAAGGAGCAAAGCAACUUGGCUUUGUUUUUACAACACGAACACCAGAUUCUGUUAUAAUUAAAGCAUUGGAUAAAGAGGAAACAUAUGCCAUCCUUAAUGUUCUGGAAUUUACAAGCGAUCGUAAAAGAAUGUCUGUAAUUGUGAGAGGUCCGGAUGGAAAAAUAAAACUUUACUGCAAAGGAGCUGAUACAGUAAUUUAUGAAAGAUUGAGUGAUCGCCAAAUGCAUAAGGAUGUCACUCUGGAACAUUUGAAGGAAUUCGCAAGCAAUGGUUUAAGGACAUUAUGCUUGGCAGUUGCUGAAAUUCCUGUAGAAUUUUAUGAGCAAUGGAGCGAAACCUUUCAUAAGGCAAGCACAGCUAUUCAAUACAGAGAAAGGAAAAUACAAGAUGCUGCUCAACUAAUAGAAACUAAUCUGACUCUGUUAGGAGCCACUGCCAUUGAAGAUAAAUUGCAAGAAGGUGUACCUGAAGCUAUUUCUGAUUUAUUGAAAGCAGAAAUAAAAUUUUGGAUUCUAACUGGCGAUAAACAAGAAACUGCUAUAAAUAUUGGUUACUCUUGCAAAUUACUAAGUCCAUCCAUGGCUCUUAUGGUGAUAAAUGAAAAUAGUUUGGAUAACACUAGAGAAGCUAUUCGACGCCACAUGCAAGAUUUUGGUGAUUUAUUAAGGAAAGAACAUGAUGUUGCUUUGAUUAUCGAUGGAAAGACUUUAAAAUAUGCUCUUUCUUCUGAUGUUAGAAGGGAUUUUGUUGACAUUGCCUUGUCUUGCAAGAGUGUUAUCUGCUGCAGAGUGUCACCAAUGCAGAAGGCUGAAAUAGUUGAAAUGGUACAUUUAGCAACAAAUAUGGUCACUUUAGCUAUAGGCGAUGGUGCAAAUGAUGUAGCCAUGAUACAGGCUGCUCAUGUUGGUAUAGGCAUUAGUGGAGUAGAGGGAUUGCAAGCUGCAUGUGCAUCUGAUUACUCUAUUGCUCAGUUUCGUUAUUUGACUCGACUCCUCUUUGUUCAUGGAGCUUGGAGUCAUGGACGUUUGUGCAAGCUCAUUUUAUAUUCAUUCCACAAAAACAUUUGCUUAUAUGUAAUUGAGCUUUGGUUUGCAAUUGUCAGUGGGUGGUCUGGUCAAACUCUUUUCGAACGGUGGACUAUUGGUUUGUACAAUGUGAUAUUUACAGCUGCUCCACCGUUGGCGAUAGGUUUGUUCGACCGCACCUGUAGUGCAGAAACCAUGCUUAAAUUUCCAGCAAUGUAUAAAAGUUCCCAGUCAUCUGAAUUCUUUAAUGUGCAUGUGUUUUGGGUUUGGAUAUUUGAUUCCAUUGCUCACUCAGUGUUACUAUUUUGGCUGACAUACUUAAGCGUAGAUAAUGACAUUGUUUGGUCAAAUGGCAGAGAUGGAGGUUACCUUGUUUUUGGUAACAUGGUGUAUACGUUUGUGGUUGUUACAGUUUGUUUAAAAGCUGGUUUAGAAAUGAAUGCCUGGACUUGGUUAACUCAUCUUGCUAUAUGGGGCAGCAUAGCUAGUUGGUUUAUAUUUCUCUGGGGAUACAGUAAUUGCUGGCCUACCCUACCUAUUGCAGCAGAUAUGGUGGGCAUGGAUCACAUGUUGCUCUCAUCAGCUGUAUUUUGGAUGGGAUUAAUUAUUAUACCAUUUAUUGCUCUUAUUGGAGAUUUCACUUUUAAAGUUAUUAGAAGAACAGCAUGCAAAAGCUUAGCAGAGGCUGUUCGAGAAAGUGAAAUUACAAAUAUUGAUCCUGCCAAUGUUAUUGUUCUUGCAACGAAACAGAGGCUUACUGAAACAGCUAGAUUGCUAAAAAAUGUUUUUCGAAGACCCUCAUCUCACGUUUCUGCUGUUCCACUAGAGAUGGAACUUCAGCAUGGAUUUGCAUUUUCUCAAGAAGAACACGGUGCUGUACCUCAGUCUGAAUUGAUCCGUGCCUAUGACACUACAAAAACGAAGCCACAAGGUGUGUAAUACUACAUACCUGGAAUCAUCAUGUUGCCACUUUUCGAGCAACUUCAAUGUUGGUCAUUCCAAAACUAUGUGAAAAGAACACCAUUAAAUUGGUCUUGUUGUGACAUGUCAAGAUAUGUGAUUAAAUGAUUAAACAAGAAAUACUACUUUAAUGCAUUUUAUGUGUUUGUUGAUAAAUGUACUUAAAAUGUGGCUUGUCACACCAGAUUAUUACUAUUAUUAUUUUGGUUUAAAUUUUUCUACAUAUUAUGACUUUUAAAAGAUAUUUAUUCUUAGAAAUUUAUUUAUUUUUAUGAAACGAAAUGGUGAGUAUUCUUUUCAACUAAAUUCAAAUUAAACUCAAUAAACUAUCAUUAUUGCCAAUAUAAGAAUUACAGCAUUUCAACUUAAUUAAAAACUGUAUAUAUAUAUAUAUAUAUAAUGAGAACUUUCAGAUAUUGUUUAAAAAUGUGGAGUGAUUUCAUUAUUUGCAAAGGCUUCCAAUUUGUGUGAGUUUUUCAGAGUUACAAUUUCUUGUUUGGGAUGAAAAUUUAUUGUGGUACUUCUUAAAUUACAGUUUGUUUGGUUUUUGAAAUUUUUUUUCGGAUUUUAAUUGAUAUUAUGAUUUAAUAAGGGAAGAUUUACUCAUUCUCCUUUUGAAUCUUUUAGAGAAGAAAUGUUCUAAAAAAUAUGCUGAGAAAUAUUAUUUUUUAGUGUGAAGUACUCAACAUUUUGAAGAUUGUAGCAUUCAAAUACUAUUUUUUAAAUGUUGAGUACUUUGUACCAAAACAUAACAUUUUUCAAUUAAGUACUUUAUUCUAAAAAUAUUGUUAAAAAUUAUAAGAUAUUAAUGUGAAAGUUCUCUAAUUAUUAAUUCAAAAUAUGUGCAUCUUUAAAUAUUCUUCUUCAUCUGGAAAUAUAAUUAUAUUUGAUAGAAAUAAAAAAGAAUAUAAAAACUUUUUUCAAUUAUAUUUAAUGUAUUCAGUACUUAUAAAUAUUUAAUACCUCACCGGCAUAAUUAUGGCUGCUGUUUGGUUGUGAAAUUUUACUUAAUUAUUGUUAAACAAUUCGAAUAUUUGAUACAAAGAGAAUUUUCAGCUCUAUUCCAUCAUUACUGCAAAUGAGUCUGUACAGCAAUUUUUUGCCAGCAUCUUUUCUUCGUAAGUAGAAUUUCCAAUUCUUGGAUGAUCAUGCAUUUAAAAUCACUUUAUCAUCACAGAGAAGUUAACUUUAACUGUGGUCCAAACAAUGAGAAAACAUUUAAUGAGGCUGUGUAAAUAAGAUUUUUGAAUUUCACUUAUUAUACUUAGGACUGAAGAAAUUUUUAUAUUGAAAUGAAAAAUGUUCUGCAAAUAAUAUGAAAAUUAAAUAUUACCAUUAAAUUAUUUAAUGAACAUUUAAAAAUUGUAAUAGAUUUCUUUUAUGAGAUAUGUAUAUAUAUAUUCUUUGUUAUUAUAGCUUAAUCUUUUUGGUCCUGUGGACGGAUAACAUUAAUUAUUGCUUAAGUGUGAUAAUAUUAAAAGAUUUUUAAGUACUUCACUUGAAAAAGUCUCUAAAUUUUCAUUUUAUUAUUAAGGUUUUAGAUAUCUUAAAUAAUUUUAUUCAUAGUUCACUUAAUUAUUUCUCUUAAUCUGGUGUGAUUGGUAAGUGUUGUUCUCUGUGAUACAUUAUCGGGCUUUUGUAUCAGCCUUAUUUGGGAUCCUUGUGCAGCAUGUGUGUCGACUGUUUGUAUGUGGCUUUUUUUAUACUGUUUGUAGAUUUUUAUGUAACUAGUAUGUAUUUUAUCCAAUCUGAUUCAUGAGAUUAUUUUUAAUCUGGUAAUUUAUUUAAAUAUCUUAUAUGAUAUUUAUUGCAUUGUUCAUAAUUAUAGAUGUUUCUAUUGCUAAAGCAAUAUAUAGUUUUGUAAUUUCAUAUGCAUAGAGUUUGUUUUCUAGCUAUAGAAGACUAAUUGUCUUGUUUUCAAUUAUAUAGAAGGUGGCUUUAACUUUACUACUCUAGAUGUUUUAAAUGGCUAUUUUAAUUAUAUUAUUUUGUCAAACAUUCAACUGUUGUAUAUUAGUUGUAUUGUCCUGUAUAUUUUCUCACACUAACUUGAUGGGAAAGUCAGGACACAUAGAAUCCCAGUUAUUUCCAUUGUUUACUUGCAUUCUAAAAUCUGUUAAUUCCAUUUUUCUGACGAUGCUUCACUAAUAUUAUUUAACAUAAGUGAAAUAUAAGUUUUAAAAACCUGUUUAAUUUAUUAUUUAUUUACUUUCCUUUUUAAAAAUAUUUAAAAUGGACUCUUUCAUGUUCCUAGCAUUCAGUGCAUGGAAAAUCUAUGAGGAAUUUCAAAUUCUAAGUACUGUAUAAUAAACAUUUAGUCUAUAAUUUAUAAUUCAUUACUGUAAAUAUUAUGGAAUCUUGAAAUCAUUUCUUUCUUAAGUUCUCUACCAAUUGGCCCCACUCAUGGAAUCAAAAUUUAAUUUUUUAAAUGAUAAUUAAGCUCAGAAAAUAAUAAAACACUAUAUUGUUAUUGAGAAUUCAUAAAUUUACGAAAUAUUAGGAUGCUAGUACUGGAAGUAAAUUAAUAUAAGUUAUAAAAUUUUAUCUUUACAAGUAUGAAACAAAUCAAGUUAAAUAAAAUUAUUAAAAUACUCUUAUUUGUUCUUAUUUAGCAGUUAGCUUGAUAAUCCAGCUUUCCUGACAUAUGUGCAAAAAACGGUUUAUAAAAAACUGUCCCUAUGCAUUUUUUUUUUUUCCCCCAAGAGCAGAGCUGUUUUUUUUUUUUUUUUAGAGCAUUGAUAGUAUUUCAUUGCCUUUAAUACACUAAGCUUCAGAGCCAAAAUUGUCGUUGAAUGUUUGAACAAAAUAAAAUAUUUAAAAUUAGUCCUUUCAGAUGCAUGAUUUUUAGCUAUUUGUAUCAAGGCUUUGUUUAAAAAGAUGUUACUUUGCAAAGAAAUAAAAUGCACAUGGCUCUCCCCCCCCCCUAAGAAAUGCUGUGCAAUUAAUUUAUCAUGAUUGCAUAAUGUUGUACAAAAUAUUUUAUGAAAUUUUAUAGUUAAUUUUAUAUUGGUAGUAUAUUAUUGAGAUUAAAUAUUUUUGUCACAAGAAUUUUAUUCAUUUUUAAUAACAAUUAACUUACUCAUUUGGAAGACUCAGAGCAUUGAUUGAUUUUAAAUUGGAUCUUUAGCAACACAGGCUGUCAUUCCCUAAUGCCAGAUACUCAAAGUAUAUAUAAAUUUUUAAUUUCUAUGGAUUUUUCCAAGCAUUUUAAAUAUAAAAUUAUUUUUAAAUCAAUUGUUUGGAAAUAUUAAUUCCAAUCCCUCUUUUUAUGUCAGUUCUCUUUUUUUUUUUUUUUAAUACUUCAUUGACUCUUAUUAAUUCAGAAUUUAUUCUUUAAACCCAUGAGACCUAUGUGUAUAGCGUCAUUAGGAUCUCAAUUCUUAAAAUUAAGAUUAUUAUGGAUUAUUAUUAAUUUUCCUUUUUUAUAAGAAAUGGUAGCUAAGAUAUGAUAUUUGUGUCUGUAUAGAUCCUGUAUUACUGGUGUGCUUUCACCAAGCGUAACUAAUAUAUAUUCUUUACUAUGGAAAUGUUAUAAAAAAAUCAUUCAUUCAAAUACCAAUACCUUAUUUCUAAACAAUAGUCAGUAUAUUUUUUUUAUAAAAUUUCUGAUGUUGGCUUUAAUUUGUUUUUUAGUAUACUUCAAAUUUGAACUUCUGACUUAUAUAUGUGCUUCCUCCAUAAGCAUACAAUUUAUGCUUCUGGUUAAUGGGAACAACUUUAUUACCUAUUAUGAUAAGUUUAAAUUAUUGAAUUGCUAAAAUAAAGGAUUUUGUAUGCAAUCAAAAUUUUAAUUUAUUUACAUAUAUUGUGGGAUCUCUUUUAAUUCAUUAGGCUGAUUGAUGUCAGAAAAGAUUGUUUUUUCUUUUUAAUAAUUGAAAAUGUCUGUAAAACUUACCUGUUCAUGUUUUAUUGCAUGUAAAAUUUGAUGAUCAUAUUUAAUCUUAUCAGUUACAGCUAAUUAAAUAAUAUUGAAAAUCGAGCAGAAUUUUUUGAAAAAAUACCUUAAUAUAAUUUUAUUAUUCAGAAGAAAAAAUAUUAUUUUAAAAUUACAAUAUAUAUUAUCACCUGAGAGUUGCACAUUUCUAAUAUAUUUUUAAAUGCCAGCUUACUUGUUGUCAGAAUUUUCAUUCCAUACAUAUUGAAGCUUCGUGAUUUCGUGAGUUGAUAUUGACAAAUUGUGCUUGACAAACCUUUGUCAACUUCUUUCUGCAUGUUUCUUGAUCUGCAAUGCAAGGGCAUGGAAUAAGGUGUUACAUACAACAUUUCUAGAUUGUUAAUUGGCAUAAUUUUUUUAUUCGAAUCUAUACCUUCAAACAUUCUAAUAUUUCAAUAUUGCAAAAAUUGAGAUUUUUUCUGUGUGUAUUAAAGAUAAAUAUUGUUAACUUUAAAACAAAUAACCAAUAUUUCAUAUUUGUAUCAUUACAAGUCAAAUAUCUCAGUUACGGAGUUUGGUUGGAGAAAUACUGACACAAAAUGCAAUUUCACCAAAGUUCUGUUAUUUAUAUAGGCCUAGUAUUUACUCUUCUAAUCAGAUUAUAUGUCUUCUAGUGUGAUAUGCGAUAUAUUAACAAAGCAAUUAGUUUAUACAUUGCCCUUCUCAUCUAUAUAAAUUCAAAAUUGAUAAUUCCAACCUAAAAUAGAAUUCAAAAUUAGACAUUAACUUUAGUAUGUUUUCCUCAAAAAUUUAUGUUAGUCAUUUGUUUUUAGAUAUGGAUAGAUAACUUGAAAUAAAAUUACAAAAGCAAAACGUUAGGGACUUUUGUUGUUUGCUUUUAUUUCUUAAAAUCAAAACUUUUAAAUCUGAAUUUAUUUGCUCUGGGGCUUCUAAUAAUUUUAAUUCAUUCAUAAUAUAUUUCCAUCAGUCUAUAUAAAAAUUUGUUUUAAAUCUGUGACACAUAUGCUGCUCUACAAAUGAUUUACAUAUCUGUAUUUGAAAAUUAUCUGAAUAUGCAAAUUUGGUAUUUUUUUGUUCAUAUUGUCCGGAAAUGUUUAUGAUUUCAAAUAGAUGUUCAAAUUUUUGUCAGCUAUCAAAUCUUUGUGCAGCUCAUGUAUACAGUUUAUUAUAUAAUGGAAGAACAAUGAAGUAGAUAAAAUCAAACAAUAGGAACUACUUAUUUUCACAUAUUGUAUUUUUGAAGAUGUGUAUGUGCAAUUUAUCUCUUCUCACAUAGGUAGUAUGUUUUUAAAAACUUUUUCUGUAUAUGUGUGUAAUCUUACAUUUAAAGCAAGCAUUCCAAAUUUUUAAGUGUGCUAUUGUAGUAGUAUGAUUAGAUGUGAAUAGCAAUGCAUGUGAGCACUGUUUUGUUUUGAAGUAGUAAUGGCGUCAACUGUCUUCAUAUCUUUAUCAAAAUGUCCUGCUUUCAUGCGUCAAUAGUUUUUUAAUACUGUACAAAUGAUGUUUAUUGUGUGAGUAUCAGUGUGUUAUUUAAAUGUACUGCAUCUUUAUAUUUAAGCAAAUUUUCUAGUUACACAUCUUACUACUAGUCAUUUUACUUUUUAGUACCUUUUUUUUUGUUGUUAUUUAAUUAUAUCAUUUGUGGAUUUUUCUUAAUUAUUUUGUGUAGUUUUGUUUAUGUGCAUGUAAUAAGUUAAAAUACUUAUUCGGUUUGAUUUUUGUAAUAUUUUGCUUAUUUAUUCUGAAAUGAUCAAUUGAUUAAAACCUAUCCCAACAUUUAAUUAAGAAUAAUCACUAAUUGCUAAAAAAAAUUGAACCAAUAAAGUAUUUGAUUUUGUUUGUACAGAUUUUUUUUGUAAAAACAGUUAGUAUUAGUUGAAUUGACUGUUAAUAUUUUUAUAUUAUUUGAGGAAGUAAAAUAGAUAUAUGGUUUUAUGUGUAAUUUUUAUCUGUAAGUAUAUUAAAAUUAUUUAAUUUGUUAAAUUGGGAAUGUAUGAAUUUUGAAUUUAAUUGUAUAUAAAAGAGUCAAUGUAAAAAAGUGGAUGAUGUGUUCAUGAAUAAAAAAUUGAAGUUGAUUUCUAAAUUAAAAUAUUUUAACUAUUUUGAAGCUAACACAACAUAAGUCUAAUUUGUUCUUAACCUGUUUUAAAAGUACAAUAAUUAGUACAAUUAAAAAUAAUUCUUAAUGCCAAGAUAGAUAUUAAUACAGGAGAAAUUUACAAAUUAAAUUCAUUCUUAACUCAAAUAUAACUUUUUUUUUUAAUUUUAAAACCAAAUACAAGGUAGAAGUAUAGUGAAAUAGAAUUAUUGUGCUGGAAAAAGUAUGAAAGUUUAUAUUCCUUCCGCAACACUUUUUUUUUUUUUUCGCUCUUUUGUUGGGAGACUUUACAAGACCUUUGAAUUUUUUUUUCUUUCAUACUGCAUUAGUAUUUCAAUUAAUUAUCUUUUCAAAAAGUAUUUUAUGUGGCAUUUUUCAUAAACUAAGAGUUCCUUUUUUUUUUUAAGGCCAGUAUAGUUUCAUUUCUUAGAAGCAAAAAUUUGCAUUCUUUCUCACUUGUUUAGUAGAAUAUCUGUUACAAAUGUUAUGAUGAGGUCCAACAUGUACAAAAGCAUAGCACCCAAAGUUAAGAUAAAGGACCUGAAUUUUAAUGAGUGAUGAACUGUCAGAUUUGAUCAGGAAAGGAAAAAUGAAACUGCAGUUUGGGAAUAAAUAUUUCAUUGCAAUUGUUGCGAGUCAUGUUCAGUAUCAGUUCUGACAAUGCUGCAGAAAUUCAAGUUUUGUUACCAUAAUGCUCAUGUUUAGAAUUAAGAAACCAUAUAUUUUUUCAAAUAAUGGGACUUAAUGAGAUAUUGGCUGUCAAGUUUAAGAGAUUCUACUUAAUAUGAAUAUUGCACAAUUUUUUAUGCAAUAUUUAUCAAAAUUAUUGUGAUAUUGAACUAUUGUUUUUGAAUGGAUUGAUUUUAAAAAACUAUUUUAAUCCAAAAUUCUGUAAACUGCAAAUAAUUUUGUAUAUUUAUAUGGACCAAAAUUCUAAUUCUGAUCUCAAUAAUAUGUUUACAAAUUUUGUUGCCUGUUUAAAAAAAAA